GGUGUUCCUUAACUUUUGUGACAUUGAAAUUUUCAGUAGGUGAGAGAAAAAAAUGCAGGGGCAUUAAUACGGUACUGUCGUGAUGAUUUUCAUUUCUUAUAAUCUAUGAGGCAUAGUAUGCUAGCAGUGCCGGUGGGAAUUUUUAAGUUCCUAGUUGACAUUUCUAGCCAUAGAAACUAACUUCUCACCGUAUAAUUUCCAGUUAAUGUUUAAUUUGAGUUGUAAGAUUUCAAUCUAUUGCAUAUUCAAUCUGUACUCUUUCUAUUUUUUCCAGAAAAUUCUUGAAUUCAUAAUACUUCCUUGCCCAGACAGCUCCAAGUAGCAGAUUGAGAAUUGUUUCAGCGUUAAAGCCUAGAAUGAGAAGGGCUUUUCUAGGAUUUAACUUGAUAGUAUGAUUUUUAUUAUACAUUCUGAAAUCUAGAGAGUGCUACAAGUCUUUGUCUGACUCUGUCACACUCUGAAGUGUCAAUGCCACAAAAAAUGUAAACUUUAUGAUGCAGUUUGACUAUUUUUUGCCCUUUCAAUUAGUGGGAUUCAAAGCUUCACCUCCUUCCUUCAUUUUUUUCAGCUCCUUUUUCUGUUCUGAAGAAUCUACUGCUACAUCCCUCGGGAUUUCAAAUUUGAUGACUUCCGGCUCUUUCAAUUCCUACUACUAACUCACAUGGGUUCCUCAAAAAGUUAAUUUCUUGAUCUUUCCUACAUAAAAUUGUCCUUUGCUCCUUUUUUUUUUUGUUGUUUUUGUUUUUGUUUUGGGUACUGCAGUACUGCUUCUACUCCUUGCUAUGGUGGUAUCAAAAGGCCACUUAAGAGGACGGCCCAAAAAAAAAGGGGUCAAUUAGAGAAUGAUUUCAACAUUGAGUUCUCUGUUCCAAUUGAUUGUUUAGAAAUUUUAAGCUUGUUCUUAUUUCUUUUAUAGAUUCUCUUUGUUCACUUUGAUUUUGGGAAGAAAUUGGCAGGGUUGCAAACAUGGAUAGAAAUUGAGAAAAGAGCAAAACUGACAGUUUAUUCCUUCUCACAAGCAGUUUUGUUUGUUUCCCUUUAUUUGGUUUCUAGGAAAAUAGAGGAUAAGAAAGGGAAAGCCUAAAGAAAAAUAAGUUGUGUUCAAAGUAGACUUUAUUUGUUUAUAUUGAGAUGUAAAAGGGUGUAAAUAAUUGCAGUGUUGUAAAAAGCGGACCUAAGCGCUGUUUAGGCUCUGGGCGAUGUCAUUUUGCUUGCAUUAGCCUUUAGCAUGUGUCCUAUCAUUUUCUUGUGUUUGCAGUAUGCUUCAUCUACAGUGGCUCCCUCGUUCCGCUUUUGCUGUCUAAUUUAAUGGGGGCACCGAUUCCUUUUGUGGCUUGAAGACUUUAGGGACAUGGGCUUGAGGGAAAUCAAAGCGUGAAAUGUCCGUAUAUUGUAUGUGGAUCCAACCCUCCAUCAAUAGUUGGGAAAUGUUAGUUUAGGAUGUCAGAAAAUUGACCCUUAAUUUGUUAGUUUGCUGUUGAUCUUGUGUUAAGUAGGGGUUCUUUGAAAAGUUAGGUGCAUAACAUAAUGAACCCUUAAAAAAUUU